ACUUUAACCUUCGACCUCCACAGCUGAAAGGUCAGUUUCAAGGCCGCCAUUUUGAUUCAUCGGAUGAUCACAGGCAAGAUUCCUUUGUUUCCAGUUUGGCCAUUUAUAAGAAAAGUCUACGCAUUAGCAGUCAAUCUGCACCAUAGACCGAAAUGGACGAAAGAAACAGCGAGAUUGCUAUGGACGAUUACCAAGCUGUGCACUCAAGGGACGACACAAACAACAGCGAGAAAUUAGAAACGGCAAGGCAGCAGAACAAGGAAUGGAACAUUCCAUACGAGGAAACGUGCGGAGUAGAAUCUGACCAUCCUCACACACAGGAACAUACAGAGCAAGCGGACCCUCUCCCGGUGAAACGUACUGUGGAUAAACGGUUUGCGUGUACGGAAUGUGACUAUAGGGCAGACUUUAGGUCCCACCUAUUGAUACACAAAAGAAAACAUACAGGUGAAAAACCCUAUCAAUGUGACCAGUGUGACUAUUGUGCUACACAGAAAGGACAUUUAGACAAACACAUGACUAAACACACGGGAGAAAAAAACUAUAAAUGUGAUGAGUGUGACUAUGCUACUGCACGAAAAGGACAUUUAGAACAACACAUGACUAAACACACCGGAGAAAAACCCUUCAUGUGUGGAGAGUGCGGAUACAGGACGGCUAACAGGUUUUCCUUAACCAUACACAUGAGAACACAUACAGGUGUGAAACCCUAUAAAUGUGACCAGUGCGACUAUUCUGCUGCAGAGAAACCCAGUUUAGACCGACACAUGACUAGACACACCGGAGAGAAACCCUACAUGUGUGGAGAGUGUGGAUACAGAACUGCUCACAAGAGUGACUUAACCGCGCACAUGAGAACACAUACAGGUUUGAAACCUUAUAAGUGUGAUCAGUGCGGUUAUUCUGCUGCACUGAAAAGAAAUUUAGACAAACACAUGUAUAGACACACCGGCGAAAAACCCUACAUGUGUGGAGAGUGCGGAUUCAGGACGGCUAACAGGUCUUACUUAACCGAACAUAUGAGAACACAUACAGGUGAGAAACCCUAUAAAUGCAACCUGUGUGACUAUUCUGCAGCACGGAAAGGACAGUUAGACCGACACAUAACUAAACAUAGUGAAGAAAACCCCUAUAAAUGUGACCAAUGCGUCUAUUCUGCCGCAAUGAAUGGCAGUUUAGAUCAACACAAGGCUAAACACAACAAACCCUUCAUGUGUGGGGAGUGUGGAUACAGGACUGCUAACAGGUCUCACCUAUCCGUGCAUAUGAGAACACAUACAGGUGUGAGACCCUAUAAAUGCGACCUGUGUGACUAUUCUGCUAAAAAGAAAGGCCAAUUAGACGACCACAUGGCUAGACACACCGGCGAAAAGCCCUACAUGUGUGGGGAGUGCGGAUACAGGACGGCUAAUAGGUCUUACUUGACCGUACACAUGAGAACACAUACAGGUGUGAAACCUUAUAAAUGCGACCUGUGUGACUAUUCUGCUGCACGGAAAAGCAACUUAGACCGACACACGGUACGACACACCGGAGAGAAACCCUUCAUGUGUGGUGAGUGCGGAUUCAGGACGGCUUACAAGUCUUCCUUAACCAUACACAUGAGAUCACACACAGGCGAGAAACCUUAUAAGUGCGAUCUGUGUGAUUAUUCUGCUGCAAUGAAAAAUUUAGAGGAACACAUGGCUACACACACCGGAGAAAAACCCUUCAUGUGUGGAGAAUGCGGAUAUGGAACUGCUCGCAAGUCUGACUUAUCUCGACAUAUGACAACACAUACAGGCGAGAAACCUUACAAGUGUGACCAGUGCGACUAUUCUGUCACAGAUAAAAGGUGUUUAAAGAAACACAUGGCCACACACACUUCUUAAACAGUUCACAUUUCAGAUACUGGACGGUUGAACAACAACAGUUUGUUGCACAAGGUCGAACAGAUCACUGGGAAACCCUACAUGUUGGGGAUCCGGAUUGCGGUUUCACAGGGAUAGACCCUACAGUUAGCGGCAGCUACAGACUAAGCCUUCUAUCGUGUAUUUUAAAUCGUUGUGGUUAUGCUCUCAAGUUUCAGUUUUGCAAGUUUCUUCAACGUUCAGAUCCUACCUAGACAUACAGUUCAUGUUUUUUGCAUGUCACAGUCUGACGGCAACACAUGUUCACAGUAAACGGCAUAAUACAUAUAAGAGAUACUGUUAUUCUAGGUCAUAAUGCUACCUCAACUAAGUGUAUAUCAAUAUAACACUGUACUCAUUGAUUUGGUGCUGAUGUUUCAUACAUUAUAUCAAACGUUCUUAGAUUAUCUUCAUUCCGAGUAUUAUAAGUAGCGGUAGCAUGACUAGUACUCGUGGUACAUGUAAUAUAUUAUGAUGAAAUACAUUAUAUUAAUUUACAUGAUUU